GAUCCUGGGAGUUGUAGUCUGUACUUUUUUCCCGUAUUAUCCCGCCUCUUGGAGGGGGCGGGACAACGGGAAGAGGUCGGGCCUUCUGAUUGGCUGAGGGGUCGGCGACCGUUGGAGCGGGAAAAGCUGAAAAAGCUCGUCGCGGCGGCGACGUUGGUUUCCCUCAGGCGUGAGGCGAAGACGGACACGCUGCGGGUGCUCUGGAAGCCCACAGACGGCUGCUUAACAUGGACAGGGCUGCGGGGCCCAGGUCGGCCUCCUUGGGAAACUUCCAGUUCGGGGCAGUGGCCACCGAGACCAUCGAGGACGCGCUGCUGCACUUGGCCCGGCAGAACGAGCAGGCUGUGCGCGAGGCCGUGGGCAGCCACGGCCACUUCCGCUUCCGGGAGACGCGCUUCGUGGAGUUCAUUUUUCUCCUGUCUGAACAAUGGUGUCUGGAGAAAUCUGUGAGCUACCAGGCUGUAGAAAUCCUGGAAAGGUUUAUGGUCAAGCAGGCCGAGGCCAUCUGUGCACAGGCAGUGGCCCAGCUAGGAGACAGCGAGUGGACAGAGGCACAGAACUGGAGGGCUCGUAAGGAGCAGCUCUGCAGCAAGUUCAUUCUCCGCCUGGUGUCAUGUGUCCAGCUAGCCAGCAAGCUUUCUUUUCACUACAAAAUCAUCAACAACCUCACGGCCUUGCACUUCCUCCAGGCCCUGGGGUACCAGUACACUAAGGAGGAGCUGCUAGAGUCCGAGCUGGAUGUGUUGAAGUCCCUAGAUUUCCAGAUCAACCGCUCCACUCCCCUGGAGUAUGUGGAAACACUGCUGGAAGUUUUAGGGUACAAUGGCUGCGUGGUCCCCGCCACACGGCUGCAUGCCACCUGCCUGAGCCUGCUCGACCUGGUCUACCUUCUGCACGGUCCUGUGUACGAGAGCCUGCUGAGAUCUGCUGUGGGGAGCGCCACGCCCAGCCAGCUGCAGGGGGAGCAGUUCAGCCCGGUGCAGGAAGACUUCAUGCUGCUGGCAGUGGGGGUCAUUGCGGCAAGUGCCUUUGUGCAGAGCCACGCAUGCUGGAGCCAGGUGGUGCGGCACUUGCAGAGCAUCACUGGCAUCGCCUCAGAGAGUAUAGCGGAGUUCUCCUAUGCUGUCCUGACCCAUGGCGUGGGAGUUAGCCCUACUGCUGUCCCGCCCCUCCAGGCCGCCUGGGCUCCUGCGCUGCUGUCCCCUCCCGCAGCGCAGCGCGUUGGGCACAGGCUGCAGAGGCCACCAGCCUCCCUUGCUGAGUGACAGGGACGUGUGCACUCAAGCUGCUGAGGACCAAGCCCCUGGAGAGGCCACGGCUGCCAGGGAAGGAGCUGAGGGACCCAAGUGUGUCCCUUCUGUCACUUCAGACCAGGAGUGUCCAGGACUGGGCCAAGGUGGAUCUGUAAUGUUGGUUUACUUUAAACAAGAUAUUCCUGGUCUGCCUUUAAAUAAGCCAAGGGCCCCAGGAAGGGGACUCUCUGGGUGACCCUGUCACCAGGUCCCCAUGUUUCUUUUGGUGUAAAAUCCCUGUUGUGUCACUAAAAGCAACGUAGUAGCCAUUCUCCGCUAUCUGUUUUCCCUUUGCUGGACCCACACACACCACCCUGCCCCCCGCUAGUUACUAAACCCUGGGCACCUGCACCCCCCUGGAGCCUGUCCAUGCAGGGCACAGCACAUGGUGACCCCCAAAACCUUCUAUUACCAACACCCGACUAUGGAGCCGGGGGCAGCAGCUCUGUCUCAGGCUCUGGGUGGCUUGGCAGAACCCAGGUGUCACUUCCGUCACCCGGCGGUGUACCUCCCACAGCUUGGCAUUGCAGCAGAGAGCAAAGUUUCUAUUCCAUGUUUUACUUGCAGCAAGUUGAGGGACAUAAAAUCCAGGGAAAGCACAUCAACUUUGACUCAGUUAAAAAAAAAAAAAAAAAAGAAA